GUCCAUCUCCCAUUCCACGCAAGACAAAUCAGGAAACAAGUGACAAUCGGAGCAGCUCACGGAUCGAUCCAUGGAGUCCGACAAGCGCACGGGGACGCCUUCUCCCCUUCUCCCCCGGACCGCCUCCACCGUCACCUACUGCUGCGGGCGGUGCGGGUACGACCUGAAGCUGAGCUCGUCGGCGCGGGACACGGCGGGGAUCGUGGGGGCCGGCGCCGGCGGGGCGAGGCGGCGGGGCUGGCGGGGCGCGGCGGUGGUGGUGUUCGACGCCAUCGACGACGCGCGGUUCGGCCACCUCGACGAGUUCCGCUGCCUCGACCUGCGCGCGCGCCGCCUCUUCGCGCGCCGCACGCGCCUGCUCUGCCGCAAGUGCGGCGCGCACCUCGGCUUCGGCUACGACGACAACACCACCGCCACCAGGCCGCCGCGGUACCACAUCAAGAUCCGGGCACUCCACCCCGCCUCCUCCGAUGACGCCUUCUCCGGCGCCGCCACGCCGCCUCCGCCGUCCCACGCGCCGGCGGAUCCGCGAUCGUGAUCUGCGUUGCCAUAUGGCAUAUGCCCCGUGUGCACAUUCCGUCCCUUUUUUGUGUUUCCAUUUUCCUACUCCCUUUCUGUCGACGCGAUUGGAAAUUGCUGUUCGCGGUCGCUAGUGUACAAACUGAUUGAUUGGAAAUUAGAAUCAAAUCUUCUUUCUGAUACUA